AUGAAUUGCUCGCCUGUAUUCGACCUUCGCGAUCUAGAUCCCGAAAUCAUUCAGUCCUUACGCAAUAUUCGACAAAUGAGGAAGGACCCAGAAUACCAUGCGUCCGAAAUGGCCGCCAUGGAACCCUAUGACGACCAACUCUGCUUCCGUGCACUGUGCGAGGGCUUCUUUGAGGCCUACCACCACAAGUUCGUGCUCAUGGCCUGCGACAACCAAGAGCCGAAGACCUUCCCACCGCCCGAGACCGCUCGCGCCCCUGAGGGCUGGGUUCCUGCUCUUGCAUUUGUGAACAGGGCGCUUCUUGGAGAAGUGACUGUGCACAUGCUGCAGAACACGGGACAGAUCGAUCUGAAGUACAUCAAGGAGGUCUCCGGCUUUGAGAUUGCGACUUGGUUCCGUGAGUUCCUGACUAUGAUUCCGGGGGGUCUGAGUGCGGUCAAGCACCUCAACUUCCCACACAUGCACUGGUACAACAGCGAGCGUGACAUUCCGGCGCCGGCGAACCCGAGUCUCGAGCUUGUGGCGGUGUGCAAGAACCUCGUAAAACUCGACAUUACCUGGCACUCCUCGAAGCUGCGCAAGCCUGAUCCCGACAACAUCGAUCUCGCCAUUCCAUGCACCACGCUCGAUGUCGUCAACAAAUUCCGCUUCCGGCCAAUCCUCAAUUGUACGGGCUUGCAACAGGUGUACUUCAAUGGUAUACACAACGCGCCUAACCGAGGUGGAGGUCCCAGUGACUUGGAUGGGCUUGACGGCCUCGCGAAGUGGAUUAUAGUGGGUUUCCUUGUGCGUCGGGGACAGAAGGUCGAGAUCGAAGUGGCUCGUCGAUAUGGAAAGUGGAGGAAUCGGGUGACUGGUACCAUCAUCUCGCUCAAUAAGAAGGACUUGAAGCAUUUCGAAUUGGGAGAUGUCCUAUUCGACAUCACCUCUCCGACCAAGACUGCACCCGACAAUCGAAUAGAGAGCAUCGAGCUCGUCUGCGCGUUUCGAGACCUCGCAGCGGCCGCUGGCGACACCCUCGAGUGUAUAAGCCCUUAUGCUGCGCCAAGUACACCGGUUGUCGGGGCCAUUGUUGACAAAGACUUUCGUGCCUUCUAUGACCUCGCCGCCGCAGGUCAUGGGUUCAUGAAGCACCCAUCUCCAGAGAAAGAGAGGAGGUUCCAGAGAGAAUUCGCUGAUAUCUCCCGGGCUGGUAUCGAGUUCAUGAAGAGCCAAUAUAGAGCCGAUUGGACAUGGAUCGAAAUCGAUCGCAACACCUAUCUCCCCCGAGGUGCGCUCUUCAACUUCGAACGCGAUGCUCGCCCACCGAUCGAUGAGUGGGCUUUCUGGGAUAUGUCCAAUGCCUGGGGACUUUGUGAUGAAUACACCAACUACUUCGAUUGCUGGGGCGAAGACCUCUUCGAGCUCUGGCGCAUGGGCACCAUGGUUGACGGAUUCCGCGAGCAUACACGCCAACUCGAGAACGGUAGUGUACGGCUGUCCAAGAGGUCUCUGAACAUGAGCGUUAAGAGGGAUGUGCCGAAAGCCGUGGCAUACAUGAGUGUUCUGAGGCGUUCUUUCGAUGCCUUCAUGGAAUUCCGCGAUAUGACGUGGGAUCUCAUGGAUUGUUUCAUGGGCGAGUCACAGCUCUUGAAGCUACCAGCCGAGCUCAGGCUCCAGAUUCUCCAGAAGUAUCUUAUAUUGGAGAGCGAGGCUGGCCGCUUGAGCAAGCACCGCCAUUACGAUGAAUGGCAAAACCCGUGUUGCUUCUGGGACUUUCCGAAUGUGUUGGUCGCGUGCGAUAACCAGGACCCGGGCACGUUUCCUCCUCCAGAGACGGCGCGUGCUCCACGUGGAUGGCUGCCAGCACUCGCAUUCACUAACAAAGAUAUGCUUGGCGAGGUGGCUGUCUACAUGCUUCAAAAGACCAAGCGGUUCGACCUGAAGUACAUGUACUCCCAAAAGAAGUUCAAGAUCGCCACUUGGUUGCGCAAGUUUCUCGAGGCUCUGCCGAACAAUGAAGGCUUGGAUGCAGUGAGGUACCUCAACUUCCCUCAUAUGCAUUGGUUCAAUCACCUGUGUUAUCCCGCUUCAAUCGACAACCCAAGCAUUGGUCUUGCAGUAGCAUGUCGAAAUCUGAAGCAAAUCGACAUGACUUUCCACUGGUCGAAAGUCACAGUUGACGAUCCCCACCGGGGCAUACGCCCUACCCCAAUCAAGGAUCUUGUUGCGCGAUUCUGCUUGGAGGACAUCCUCAAGUGCGAGAAAUUGGAGUACAUCUACCUCGAUGGUGCAUACGGUCUUGCGCGGAGAGGCGGCAUGCCACAGCAUCUCGAUGCGCUCGGAAAUCUAGCGAAGUGGUUCCUGCAUGGCUUUCUCGUACGUCAAGAGCGCGAGAUAAAGGUCGAGGUCGUCCGUAGGUCAGGCGCUUGGAAGGGACGCCAGGCUGGGACGAUGGUGAAAUUGAACCAAUUUGAGCGGAUCAAGGCUAAGAAGAUGAUCAUGAUCAAGAAGGGUGAGCUUGUGCGUGGACAUGUCAAAGGAUGGUCAGACUGUGCAACCACCGACCACCACCACAACCUCAGCACGCACCCGCCUGUCACAUCCGCAUCCAACACGGCAACGCAAUGUCCGGCGCUGAAGAAGAGCGUCAACGAGCCCGAGGCCCAGAAGAUGGAUGACGCGCUCUGCCCAGUUGUCGGAACCGCAACCACUGUCCUCCCACCUGACCAUCCUGAUAUGCUCAAGGCCAGCGAGGGCGAUGUAUGCCCGGUCACCAAGGCCACUGUUGGACAUCACCUGAACAAAGUCUCAACACACCCCAGUGUGGCGGGAGCGGCUGAGGGCGCAGCGUGCCCAGUCACUGGAAAGACGCAGUUGGCAUAG